AUGGUAGAAGUUUCCUAUCUUCAAUCUUCAAGUGCCCUCUUGAAACUGAAAAACAAAACCAACAGAAUGGAAGAGUACAACAUUGCCAUGAAGAAAAUAACGAGAAACCCCUAUGAAUAUGACCAUGGUCUAGGCAUGAACUACACCUUGAUCAUUGAUAAUUUGAUCGUGGGUUCUCAGCCCCAGAAACCUGAAGAUAUUGAUCAUCUGAGAAAGGGAGAGAAUGUUGCCUACAUACUAAACUUGCAGCAGGACAAGGACAUUGAGUAUUGGGGAAUUGAUUUUCAGCCUAUAGUGAAAAGAUGUCAUGCAAUUGGUAUUCGUCAUAUGAGAAGACCUGCAAAAGAUUGUUAUCCAGAUUCUUUGAGAAGUCAAUUACCAAAAGCGGUUUCAUCAUUGGAAUGGGCCAUUUCUGAGGGGAAAGGAAAAGCAUAUGUGCAUUGUACUGCUGGAUUGGGAAGGGCUCCAGCUGUUGCAAUUGCUUACAUGUUCUGGUUCUGUGGCAUGAAUCUGAAUACAGCAUAUGAUACGCUAACUUCAAAGAGACCUUGUGGACCUAACAAAAAAGCAAUACGUGGAGCUACUUAUGAUCUGGCUAAAAACGACCCAUGGAAGGAGCCCUUUGAGAGUCUUCCAGAAUACGCUUUUGAGGACAUAGCAGACUGGGAGAGGAAACUGAUUCAAGAGGCGCGUGUCCGUUCCCUCCGUGGAACUUGAGCAUUUAGGUAAUUAUCUCCGUCCUAGAAUUCAUCCAAGACGUGGUGCUUUGCUCCCAAUAUGUGGAUCUCU